AGCUCAAUGUGAGGGGCUUGUGGGCAGAGGAUACUAGCUUUCUAAACUCUCCCACAAAGCCGUAUCUUGCUCUAUUGAGGAAAGCCUGGCCUGUCCAGAGGUCUUUCCCUGCAGAGAGGCUUGGAAAAGCAGAAAUAUCAAUGUUUGCUAUCUUUUAAGUCAGACUGCCAACUGGCAGGACCCAUCUAUACUAGUCUUAAGUCCACUACUUGAUAUAGUUGUUACCUGCCUGGUCCUUGUUCUGAAUUUGCUCUAAUUUCCAUUCUCCUGCCACCCCACCCCCCAGCCCCAUUAUGAUUCUGGUUAAGUUCAGGUCCUCUCUUGGGUUAGUUUAUUUGUUCCAUUCAGGACAAAGAGCUAUGACCCAAACCCAGCAACUCACUCUUUCUUCCCUCACCUCCACAGGCUUGAGAAUAUGCUGUUCCUCCCUCCCCUUUCUACCAUGGACCCCACACUGUGGCCCCUUUCUCAGAACCUCUGAGACUGGUACCAGGCAAGGCACAAUGCCACUGUCCCCGACAAGACUGCCUAGCCCCUACGGCUCUGACCGGCUGGUACGGCUAGCAGCCAGGCUCCGGCCAGCACUCUGUGAUACCCUGAUCACUGUGGGGAGUCAGGAGUUCCCUGCCCACAGCCUGGUGCUGGCAGGUGUGAGCCAGCAGAUGGGCCGCAGAGGCCGCUGGACUCUGGGGAAAGGCAUCAGCCCUUCCACCUUUGCCCAGCUUCUGUACUUUGUUUAUGGGGAAAGCAUAGAGCUGCAGCCUGGGGAGCUGGGGCCCCUUGAGGAGGCAGCCAGGGCCCUGGGGGUGCAGUCCCUGGAAGAGGCAUGCAGGAGGGCUCGAAGGCACAGGGCUAGAGAAGAACUGGGUCCAGGACUGAAAGAACAUCAGGAGGAGCCAGAGAAACCCAUAAGGGAUUCUGAGAGAGGCCUCGGGGACCUUGGAGAGAACCAGAGGCCAGAGAAGUCUGUUAGAGCUGGUAGGAGAGAACGGGAGGCAGUGCAUGGGCACAAGCCACCAGGAGAGAACCCUGAGAUGGCAGAGGCAAUGCGGGAGGAUCAGGGGGAGCAGACGAGAUCAAGGGAGAAACUCAACCAAUUUGCCGUUGGCCAUGGAGGAACAGAUGGGAAGCAAGAAGCAAUUAUGUGGUUGAGGGGGAGUUCAGGGGGAUCUGAAGAAAGUCUGCGGGAGUUCCCUGGUCCCCUGCCCCCACCAGGUUCCCUCCAAACCAGCAUCAUCCCCAGGCCCUGGUGGGCUGAGGCCCCUUGGCUGGGGGAGGACCAGCCUGCUCUGUGGAGCAUCCUGCUGUUGCCGCCCAGAUACGGCACUCCCUUCUCCCAUAGCACUCCCACCCCGGGAGCCUGGCAGGAGGUCUGGCCUCAGGACCAGAGGAUCCCACUGUCCCUGAACCCCCAUGAAGGUCUCUGGAGCCAAAACCAGUUAGCCUCCCCCAGCCCCACCCCAGGUUCUCUCCCCCAGGGCCCUUCUCAGCUCAGCCCUGGGGAGAUGGAAGAGUCUUGUCAGAGGCACACAGGUGCACUUGCAACCUGUGUGGGUUAUGUGGGCACAGCAGACCGCUCAACCUGCCAACAUCCUCCCCCACCCGCUCCUGCUCGGUCUCGGCCUUACUCUUGCUCUGUCUGUGGAAAGAGGUUUUCACUCAAGCAUCAGAUGGAGACGCACUACCGAGUCCACACAGGAGAGAAGCCCUUCUCCUGUAGCCUCUGUCCCCAGCGCUCCCGGGACUUCUCUGCCAUGGCCAAGCAUCUGCGGACGCACGGGGCCGCACCCUACCGCUGCUCUCUGUGCCAGGCCGGCUGCCCCAGCCUGGCCUCCAUGCAGGCACACAUGCGAGGCCACUCGCCCAGCCAGCUCCCGCCAGGAUGGACCAUUCGUUCCACCUUCCUCUACUCCUCCUCCCCUGAGCCUUCUCGGGCCUCGACCUCUCCCUAUAGGCCCCCUUCCUCCACCACCUGAUGGGGUGUCGGUAGCUUCUUUGGCUUCAGCCAGGAGUAAAAUUAAAGAAUGAAAGAAGACGGGCCGACGAGUUGGCUAGGCUUCUGAUCCCGCAGCACGGCUACAGCAGCCUAGCAAAUUCAAGCUCCAAGAAGCGCCGCAGGUAGGGUGCCGAGAACGCUCUCCCAGAUGACCGCGGUCAGCAGAAGCCUGGGCCAGUUCCCGUGUGGGGAGGGCAGUGACUUUUCCACGACAGAAAGUUAACUACGCGGGGACUGGCGAUUUCAUCACCAAAAUAAAGUUUCCUGUGCCCUCCUCUAAGGAAAGAAAGCCUAGUCCAGAUUUCAGUCUGCGCGGGCUGGGGGUAGCAGGGGUGCGGACAGCCUUGCCCCUUGUCCUGUAGCGGCCCCUAGUGGCCAUUCUUCUGCUGUUCAGCGCGGCAGCCACAUGCGUCUCCCGCGGCUCUCCGGCCUCCCCCGGAGGGUGUGAGGGCUCGGUAUCCACGCUGACUUAGUGGUGUCCAGCCUUGGUUGUGGUGGGAGGCUGUGAGAACCCAAGCCACUCGCCCCUCAUCACAGCAAGUAAAGGGGCACGGGGUCUGAGUCCCGGCCCCGUGGCCCAGGGCUCAAGAGGAACGCGAGCCCUGCCCCUCUUUCGGCCACCCGUCUCUUCUCCUUGAGCACAAGAGCCGAAAGGCUGCAGCCUCCUGGGCACCUUCCCUCCACGCUGUGCGGAAGAGCUACCAGGUCGUGCCUCGAACUAAGUCUAACCCUCUGCCGCUGCCCCUUCCCCAG